UUGUGAAAUUAAAAACAUUAAAAAGGAAAACCUAUCAAAAUAUAAAUUGAUAUUGAACAGUUAUGAUAAAACUUUAACAUUCUCAAUUCGCAAUGGAUGAUCAAUCAUAGCUGUAAGGGCUAUUUUACUUUGUUCUGUUUAAUCUGUGCCGUAUUUCUGUCGUGGCCGUGCGCGGGAAAUCAGUUGUACACCGUUUACGCUUCGCAGUGCAUGGCUGAUAUCGCACGUCCCGCACUGUUUGAAUUUCUUGAACUUCAAUAAGUGACGUAGUGACACGUUCUGUUUGUUGAUAUGGAACCUUAUUUUUUUUAUUAAAAAAAAAGUUUUAGUGAUUGUGUGACGACUUAUUAUUAUUAUUUUUUUAAUAUUUUCGAACUCUUGCCAGAUGUUGAGCAGAUGGUGAAUGUGAAGUUUCAUAACUUCGAAGUGUUUUAAGCAAUAAAUCUUGCUUUUAAUAUCAAAAUGUUAAUAUAAAUUAAGAAUCAUGGAUCUUAAAAUUUCAUUAUCCUUAGUCUUGGUAAUCCUUAUACGUAAUUUAUACGUUGGCGCUGAAAGAAUCGAAUCAAAGUUAAAAUCUAGUUAUAAAAAAGACAUUUCUAAUGAAUCAGAAAGCUUGAUGAAUUUCAAAUACUUCGUAAUUAAUGAUGAACAGAAAAUAGAUCACAGAUAUAAACGCAAUAUAAAUAUUUUUACUAAUAAUUUACCAGCAAAGAAAAAUAACAAGGAUGAAUACCAACUUUUGAAUGGCACGAAAGAUCUUCUUGAAGAAGAUUUAUACGACAAAGAUAAAAUGGUUGCCAAUAGAUCUGAUGUGGUAAAUGAAUAUAUAGAAACAUAUACAGAAGAACCUUGCGUUGGCGAUCCUGAAUUUUGUAAUAUGACAAAAGAAGAAUACUUGGAAAUGUUAUACGAGUAUAUUUACCCUAAAUCAUACGAAUGGGUCCUGAUUGCAACGCACGCGAUCGUAUUCGUGACAGGAUUGAUCGGCAACGCCCUAGUUUGCAUCGCCGUUUACCGUAACCAUACAAUGAGGACUGUGACCAACUAUUUCAUCGUGAACUUGGCUGUCGCUGAUUUCUUGGUAAUCCUUUUCUGCUUGCCGCCAACUGUUUUAUGGGAUGUUACCAAGACUUGGUUCUUUGGUACUGCGAUUUGCCGAAUAGUGCUGUAUUUUCAGUCGGUAUCAGUGACCGUGUCAGUGCUCACACUUACCUUCAUAUCCCUGGACCGUUGGUACGCCAUCUGUUAUCCUUUGAAAUUCAAAUCAACCACCAGCCGAGCGAAAACUGCUAUACUUAUUAUAUGGAUGCUGUCUUUGCUGUUCAAUAUACCAGAAUUUGUGAUCUUAGAAGUACAAACAAACAUUGAGCUGCGUUUCAACCAGCAGUAUUUCAUGCAAUGUACCUACACUUGGUCAGAAGAGAGCGAGCUCACUUGGCACAUAAUAAGGGCGCUUUUCCUUUACACAUUUCCACUUAUGCUGAUGAUGGUAGCGUACUGUCAGAUUGUGAGGGUCCUAUGGAAAUCAGAUAAUAUUCCAGGACAUAGGGAGCUACACCAGUUAUGUCCAAACGGUCAGACAAAUGGGUUUGCAGCUAGAAGACGUAGGACUGCGUCAAUUCAUGCGAACGCGUCUACCGAAGGACAACUACGCUCUCGCCGGAAGGCAGCCAAGAUGUUGGUAGCUGUUGUCAUCAUGUUCGCAGUGUGCUUCUUUCCUGUUCAUCUUUUGUGUGUUCUGAGGGUCGCCUACAACGUACAACACAGUGACAUGAUGACCGCCGUAGCACUGAUAUCGCACGUCAUGUGCUACGUCAACUCGGCGGUGAAUCCCCUGAUAUACAACUUUAUGAGUGGAAAAUUCCGUCAUGAAUUUUAUAGGUCAUACUGCAAAUGCUUCCGCUGCUAUACUCCUCCAGAUGAUACUGCGCCAGGAAGUUCACGAACGUGUAACAUAAGAACCACUGUCAGGAGAAACGAUACUUGCUUGGGUUAUCGACAAUCUCACCAUCCGUCUUCGAAUCAUAACAGCGUACACAGAGAUCUUGGUAAAAUGAACACGUCGUUCAUAGAGAACAUGAACGGGAACAGACGGCUGAAGAACAACGGAUGUGACGACUCCAUCAGUGAAUCGGCCCGGUUCACAUUGAACUCUGAUGCUAGAGAUUGACACUUGGGCAGAGAUCUUCUAGUAUAUUCGGAAGUAGGACAUCAGAACCCUAGCAUUGACUGUACUGCUAGAAGCACAUACAGUUUUGACUGUAAACCCUAUUACGACUGCUUUAAAGGGCACAUUGCCAACGAAUGCAGAAAACAAAGUUGCUUCGAUAAAAUGGAGAUUGAGAGACAUAGUGAUACGUUUAUUGAUUACCGUCAGUGUAAAAAUGAGCUAAAUGAAUUUUGCUCUAUCGAUGGAACUAGAAACGGGUCGAAAAUUAAUAUAAACCGUAAUCUUAGUAGUCGCCAACUGAAUAAUAAGAAGAAAUCGUAAUCUUAGUAGUCGCCAAGUAAAUAAUAAGAAGAAAGUGUUAACUGUGGGAUAUCGCAGUAGUUGUCAUAUGACCCCAAUGCUGUUAAGAUUAUAAAUUAUUUUUAAUAUUAGACAUACAAAUAUAUACUGUAUCAUGAUUUUUGCCUCACAUAUAAUCUGGUUAUUGAUUUAAAAAAAUCUCUUUUUUAGUUAUGUUAUAUUUUAAUACAAACAAAAAUACGGAAAUCAGGGUUAAAAAAAUACACGAGAUACCAAAUAAAUUUAUACUUUAAAUAGAUAACUAAGGAAUUUUUUAGAAAAAAAUUAAAUCGACUUAAAAAUACAGGUCCACUAACAGCUGAAAUUAAAAUGUUAUAUAUAUUAACUAUUUUCUGAAAUGAUAAAAAAGAAAUACUAUGUGAAAACAUAAGAAUAAAAAUAAUUACUGUUUUAGCAUAAAAUUAAUUGUUUACAAUAAGUAUAAAUUAUUAUUGAUUUAAAUUAAUUUUGUAUUAUAUGUACAUAUUCUUAAUCUUAGUAACUUAGCAAGAACACUAUAUGUCUUGGUGAUAAAAUAUAAUUUAUACUGUAAAUAAUUCGGUUUUUGCAUAAAAUUCUCCAUAAAAUAUCAUAAAUUUACUAUGAGUUAUAUAAAACUUUUAAUCUUUUAAUUGUCAUAUACAAAGUUUUCAUAAAGUAAUUAAAAUUAUAAUUUAUGACAGAUAUUAUUCGAUCAAAAAGAAACGUAAGGUGACAUCAUACAAAUGAUUGAACUUUUUAUAUUAAAUGCAUUUAAUUAACGUAAAUAAUAAUGAAUUGAAACGUUUUUAGAUAAAGGAUAACAAUACCUUUUAAUAUAUCUGUGACAUUAAUAAUACAAAUAUCUAGAAGUAUGUUUGUUUUAACAUGUGUUGUAACUAGUGUUCUGUUUUAUGAAAAAACUUUGAGUACAAGGUAUUCUUGAAUACUAUUUUAUUACAUGACUUUAGAUAUAAUUCACAUACUACUACUACUUCAGCCAUGUGAGUUCCACUACUGGAUACAUAGGCCACAUGAUCAUCGACUUCCAAGCGGUUCGGUCGGAAGCGGCCUGCAUCCACCGUGAACCCGCGGCCUUGACUAAGUCGUCCGUCCAUCUCGUUGGUGGACGCCCGACGCUGCGCUUUCCGAUUCGUGGUUUCCGUUCCAGCACUUUAAUUCACAUACGUUAGUCUCAAAAUAAUUCUUCUAAGAAAAAAUAUGUAUACUUAAAAUAUAUGUGUAUAUUUUUUAAUUAUAAACAUUUAAUUGCAUAAUUUCAGCUAUAACUAUGACGUUAUAAUUAAUACACGAACUUUAUUAACAAUUCCAUUCGCCUCACGUUAAGCACUUAGUAAUUACAGUUGGCUUUUGAUAUAUUUUGACGGUUGGAAUUCAAACAUUAUAAAUGAUUAUAAAUAACUGAAUACUGAUCAUUUAUUAUAUUUUUUACUGAAUAACUUUGGUAACCACUGUAAUAUUGCUUAGUUGACUGGAAAAUGAAUAUUUUAACUGUUAACUGGAAAGAAAAUUGUAUAUAUAAACGACCUAGAAAGAUGUAAAGAAGCUUAGAAUUGUCAUGUAUGUGGAAACAGUAAUUGGCAUAAACAAUAUUCUAUACUUAUUAAUGGAUUUAUUUGUAAAUAUUACACCCAAAGGCGCAGGAAAUGGGCUGUUUACGUAAAUGUAGUGGGUUUAUACACUCGCGUAGAUUAAAACGGCACAGAAUUAUUUAUAGAUUGCAAUGAUGUGUUCUCUUUUAUUAGAGUAACUGUAAGACAUUUCUGAGUACACAUAAUUUAUUUAGUCAUAAUAUUUGUAACUUUAAAGGUGGAGUUUUUAAAAGUCCAUUUGAAAAACUCAUUCAUUUUUAAAACAAACAUGAUUUUCAUUUUUAAAAUAAAUUUUAGCUGAUAAAAUGAAGAAAAUAAGUUUAAUUUCAAUUUACCUUUCACGAAUCAAACAAAAGAUAGAUUGUUUAUAUUAUAUAUCAUAAUUUACUUUAAAAAAAUAGAUUAAUACAAUACUGGCACUAAAAAUAUUAAUGUACAGACAAAAGUAUUAACGCUUUAUAUAUGUGCUUAUGUAUAAUAACUAUAUAUUUACUUACAUUUUAUACUG